CGAGAAGCUAUCUCAAUGUCCUGUAUAACUAAUGGGAGUGCAGGAAACAGGAAAACAAGCCACAGUUUAUCUGUUUCUGUUGCUAGAAAAGAAACUCUUUCAUCUGCUGCAAAAAGCAUAAAGAAGUCCUUGACUGCUGAAAAAUCUCACAGUGCUUGGGAAAGUUCUGAUGACAGUCGUAACAAGCUGCUGAGAGUAACAUCAAUAUCUAAAUUAAUAUCAAAAGUGGCAAAGAAUGCAGACAAGCACAAAGAUGUCAUUAUCAGCCAAGAGGGAGAAUAUAUCAAGAUGUUCAUGCGAGGUCGACCAAUCACAAUGUUCAUUCCUUCCGAUAUAGAAAACUAUGAUGAUAUUAGGACAGAGCUGCCUCCUGAAAAGUUAAAACUGGAGUGGGUAUAUGGGUAUCGUGGAAGAGACUGUCGAGCCAAUGUUUACCUCCUCCCUACUGGAGAAAUUGUCUAUUUCAUAGCAUCAGUGGUGGUACUGUUCAACUAUGAGGAGAAAACUCAGCGGCACUAUCUGGGUCAUACAGACUGUGUUAAAUGUCUUGCAGUUCAUCCAGACAAAAUUAGAAUUGCAACAGGACAGUUAGCUGGAGUGGAUAAAGAUGGAAGGCCUCUGCAGCCCCAUGUUAGAGUAUGGGACUCGGUGAGCCUGGUGACACUGCAGGUUAUUGGCCUUGGGACUUUUGAGCGUGGAGUGGGGUGUUUGGAUUUUUCAAAAGCGGAUUCUGGUACUCAUUUAUGUGUAAUUGAUGACUCCAAUGAGCAUAUGCUCACUGUGUGGGAUUGGCAGAGGAAAUCAAAAAUAGCAGAAAUAAAGACUACAAAUGAAGUUGUUCUUGCUGUAGAAUUCCAUCCAACUGAUGCAAAUACCAUAAUAACAUGUGGCAAAUCUCAUAUAUUUUUCUGGACAUGGAGUGGCAAUUCAUUAUCAAGGAAGCAAGGGAUAUUUGGGAAAUAUGAAAAACCCAAAUUUGUUCAGUGUUUGGCUUUUCUGGGAAAUGGUGAUGUGCUCACUGGAGACUCAGGUGGGAUAAUACUUAUAUGGGGCAAAACUACUGUAGAAUCUACUUCAGGAAAAGGACCUAAAGGAGUAUAUCAGAUAAGCAAACAAAUUAAAGCUCAUGAUGGCAGUGUCUUCACACUCUGUCAAAUGAGGAACGGGAUGCUGUUAACUGGAGGUGGGAAGGACCGAAAGAUCAUCCUGUGGGAUCAUGAUCUGAAUCCUGAAAGAGAAAUUGAGGUUCCUGACCAGUAUGGAACAAUAAGAGCCGUAGCAGAAGGAAAAGCAGAUCAGUUUUUAGUGGGUACUUCACGAAACUUUGUUUUGCGCGGAACAUUUAACGAUGGCUUUGUAAUAGAGGUACAGGGACAUACAGAUGAACUCUGGGGACUGGCAUCCCAUCCAUUCAAAGACUUAUUUUUAACUUGUGCCCAAGAUAGGCAAGUUUGCAUGUGGAACUCUGUGGACCACACGCUGGAAUGGACCAGGCUGCUAGAUGAACCGGGACACUGUGCUGACUUCCAUCCCAGUGGAGCUGUGGUCGCGAUCGGAACACAUUCGGGCAGAUGGUUUGUUUUGGAUGCAGAAACAAGGGAUCUGGUUUCAAUACACACAGAUGGUAAUGAACAGCUCUCUGUGAUGCGCUACUCAGUAGAUGGCACUUUACUUGCAGUUGGAUCCCAUGACAAUUUUAUUUACCUCUAUGUAGUAACGGAAAAUGGAAGAAAGUAUAGCAGAUACGGAAAAUGCACUGGACAUUCCAGCUAUAUUACACACCUUGACUGGUCCCCAGACAACAAGUAUAUAAUGUCAAACUCAGGAGACUAUGAAAUAUUAUACUGGGACAUUCCAAGUGGCUGUAAGCUCAUCAGGAAUCGUUCUGACUGUAAGGAUAUAGAUUGGACGACAUACACUUGUGUGCUAGGCUUCCAGGUGUUUGGAGUUUGGCCUGAAGGAUCAGAUGGGACAGACAUAAAUGCCCUUGUCAGAUCCCAUAACCGAAAAGUGAUAGCAGUUGCUGAUGAUUUUUGUAAGGUCCAUCUCUUUCAGUAUCCCUGUUCCAAGCCAAAGGCUCCAAGUCACAAAUACAGUGCUCACAGUAGUCAUGUGACAAAUGUCAGCUUCACCCAUAGAGAUGGUCACUUGAUUUCAACUGGAGGGAAAGACAUGAGUAUUAUUCAAUGGAAACUUGUGGAGAAGGUGACUCUGCCACAAAAUGACAUCGUCGUAGACAUCAGUGCAGCCAAAGUGCCCAUCCCUGCCAGUGAAAAUGCUGUACAGUCUCCUGCACCUCUCCCACAGCUUUUUAAUGAAAUGAACCAAAAUGAAAAUGUAACUGGUAGCUCUCUGGUUUCUUUGGAGAGCAACCUGGGGCAGUCUGUGGAGGCUAGCGAAGAGCAAAGUGAGGAGCAAAGUGAGGGGAGCAGCCUGGAUUCCACUGAGCUGGGCUAUGAUGAGCCCUCCAAUGAGAUAAGUGAGGAGCACAGCGAAUCCACGGUCACUGAAGAGCAGCAAGAUAACUCACCAGUGUCUUAACACUCAGGUGGCUGUUAUUUUCCCUUGGUGUGUGUGCUUUCAUUACAGGGUGAGGGUUCAAAUAGGUAAAAAUAGCUGAGA